AAGUGACACGGAAUGCGUCACCUAGCAGCCUCUCUGUGACUAAAGGUAAACUCGCCUCCUAUAAAUGAAGCUGGAUGAGCAGAUAAAUGGUUACAGUAACAGUAUCCAGCAGCUGCUCCAAACUGACCCGGACUGGGUUUCCUGAAUGUGACAACUUUGCUGGCUUGCUCUCAUUUCGUAAUUGACCUACUUUGACUGUCCAGAGAAAAACAAGGGUGUUAUAUAAGCCAGCAGAGGAAUCUGGUGUGGAGGAACGUGCCCAGAGGGAGAGUACCUGCUCAGGUAGUAUAACACUCACCUGCAGCAGCAGCAGCAGCAGCAGGGAGCUCGGGACUGCCUCACCAUGACUGCAGAUAUGGAUCUGAGCGUGGCGUUUGCAGGAUUCAGGGGCAUGUUUUUCAUGCUCACACCCAACGAGUCAUCUUUUGAGAAGUUGGAGGAAGUUCCCCAGUAUGUGCAACAGGCUACUCCUUUCUUCAUAGGCCUGAUGGUGCUGGAGCUGGUUGUGGGCUUUCUGAUGACAGGAACUCCAGCGAUUACGCUCGGUGAUGGACUCACCUCCGUAGCUGCUGGAAUGAUCUCCAGACUCCCAAUGCUGCUGAUCAGAGGAUGUGAGCUGUCGUCAUACAUGUACGUGUGGGAGAAAUACCGCCUACUGGAGCUGCCCUGGGACUCUGCCUGGACCUGGUGGUUCACCUUCCUGGGCGUUGACUUCUGCUACUACUGGGUCCACCGUCUCGCCCACGAGGUGUCCUUCAUCUGGGCUGCUCACCAGGUUCACCACAGUUCAGAGUACUACAACCUCACCACCGCCCUCAGACAGUCCCUCACGCAGCAGUUCACUUCAUGGAUCUUUUACGUGCCGCUGGCUCUGGUUGCUCCCCCUUCCAUCUUCGCUGUUCACAUCCAGUUAAACCUUCUGUACCAGUUCUGGAUCCACACGGAGCUGAUCAAAGAUCUUGGACCUCUGGAGUGGAUCUUCAACACCCCAAAACAUCACAGAGUUCAUCACGGGAGGAACCUUUACUGCAUCGACAAGAACUAUGGAGGGAUACUGAUCAUAUGGGACCGGUUGUUCGGUACCUUCGCUGAGGAGAAGGAAAAAGUCAUCUUCGGCCUGGUGUACCCCAUCAACACCUUCGACAUCCUCUACGUCCAGUUGCACUACUACUUUGGUUUGUGGGAAAGGUCCCAAACUUACAAGACCAUCGCCGACAAAGUGUCAACUUUCCUCAACGGUCCAAGUUGGUCACCUGGAAAAGGUCGGCUUGGAGAUCACGUCGACAAUCCUGUGGUGACUGGAAAGGAAACCCCUCAUCCUACCGGCUGGUCUCUUCCUCAAACAGUUUAUGUGGUCAUCCAUUUCCUGCUGGUGUUACGGGCUUACCAUGACAUGUUUGAAAACAAGGCGGUGCUGUCCCAGUUAACCAUCCUGGGAAUGGUUCUCUACAUCCUGCUCACUCUCACCUCCAUGGGCUACAUCGUCGAUCAGAGCCCCUCAGCGGCUGCCCUGGAGACGGUGCGUUGUGUCAUCAUGGUGACGAUGCAGAGCUACGGCUACGUGACGCCCCUGCUGCCUUCACUUGCUGUCCCCACUGAGGCCUUUGUCUCCCUCUCUCUGCUGUACUGGGCUCUGCAGACCUUCUCUCAGCUCCUCAGCAUCAAGAAAAAAGCCGACUGAGCCUCAGACCGAUGCGCCGGAGGGAUUUCUCAUCUUUUUAAAGUCAUAAUUGUUGUACUAAUUAAACAUUAACACAUUUCAAUCACCUGUAAGAGUGUGUUAAACCUAUUCUGUACGUGCCAUCCAUCAACUUCUGCUGUAUUUUAUUGGAGACGCACAACAAAAAUUAACUUUUUACUUGAAUUUUAAACUGUUUUAAGUCUGUUUUGAACUAAAGCUUCAUGUACGUUUGCCACAAAGUAGAAAAGGUAGAACAUUUGUCACAUAGCCUCUUUUUGAAUGUCUCUGGUGCUGUUUGAACGAAAGGUGCUACUGAGAUAAUUAGAGCAAUAAUCAAUAUCCUGUUCUAUGUGUCGCCUGAGCCGCCAUGUAAUGCCUUUACUAUGCAACAUAUACCUCUUAUAAAGCACAUACUGCUCACACUGAUAGCUAGUAAUUGUAGUUUUAACUUGCACAAAACUGUACCAUACAUUGUUUUCUUGAUUGAUUGCAAUAAAACACAACCCGACCAGUC